AUGAGUCUAAGCUCCAAGCUCGAUGAGUUAGAGGAGUUGACGUCAAAUGCAAAGCAAAUACAAGACGAUGUGUUGGAGGAGAUACUCAAAGUGAACACUAACACAGAGUAUCUCCGACGUUUUCUGGGUGGGAGGUCUGAUAAAGAGUUUUUCAAAAAGAACGUACCAGUGGUGAGCUAUGAGGACGUUAGGCCAUACAUUGAACGAGUCGCUAAAGGAGAGCCCUCAGAUGUCAUUUCGGGCGAACCCAUUACUCAUUUCCUUAUAAGCAUUGAACGAGUCGCUAAAGGAGAGCCCUCAGAUGUCAUUUCGGGCGAACCCAUUACUCAUUUCCUUAUAAGCUCCGGAACUUCUGGAGGGAAACAAAAGAUCUUUCCAGUAAACAAGAAAUACUUUGAGAAUUUUGCAUUCAUUUGUGCUCUACGCUCUUCCAUUCUAUCCAAGCAUAUCGAUGGUGUCGAAGGUGGAAAAGUGUUAACGUUUCUUAACAUUGGACUGUUAUCUACGACUCCCUCUGGUUUGCCUAUUGCUUCAGCGGUCACCAGCUUUUUAAUGAGCGAUAUCGAUGGUUUCAAGAAGCGAGACUCCGUCUCCGUCACACUUGGAGGACCUAAUCUUGAAUUGGCAGAUCUGAUUGAACAUGCAUGCAGUCAGAAGUCAUGGGAAGGUAUCAUCACACGGCUAUGGCCUAACGUCAAAUCCAUUCAAAGCAUAGUUACAGGACAGAUGAGUCAAUACAUUCCAAUAUUGGAGUUCUACUCCAACAAGUUGCCUCUCAUCUCUAUGACUUAUGCGUCAUCUGAAGCAGUUUUUGGUUUAAAUCUGAAUCCUCUAUGCAAACCACAAGAUGUGUCCUACACAUUUAUUCCCAGUAUGUCCUACUUCGAGUUUCUACCUGUAGAUGCAAGAGACAAUGAUGAAAUUGUUGAUCUUGUUAACGUCAAGUUAGGGUGCUUCUAUGAGGUGUUGGUCACAAAUCAUUUCGGUUUAUACAGAUAUAGAAUGGGAGAUAUUUUACAGGUGAAUGGAUUUUAUAAUGCUGCGCCUCAAUUCAAAUUUAUACGUAGAAGAAACAUUGUUCUAAGCAUUCAAGUAGAGGCAACAACUGAAGAAGAUGUUUUAUUGGCGUUGAAUAAUGCGAGACUCGUUCUUGAGUCUUCAGGUUUAAUGUUGAUGGGCUUCACAUGCUAUUCAGAUGUCUCCUCUGUCCCAGGUCAUUAUGUUCUUUACUGGGAGCUUAGAACCAAAAACUUUAAUGGCAUUGUUAAGCUUGAUAACAAGGUAAUGGUGGAAUGUUGCUAUGUAGUGGAAGAAUCAUUUGACGAUAGUUAUAAGAGAUUUAGGAGUAGGUAUGGUUCCAUCGGGGCUCUAGAGAUAAGAGUCGUGCAACAAGGAACGUUUGAUUCUAUUAUGGAAUAUUUCAUCUCCGCGGGUGCUUCUCCAUCUCAAUACAAGACACCUCUAAGCGUAAACUCUCCAGAGGUUUUAGCAAUUCUUGAAGACAGAGUUCUUGCUCGCUUUUUUAGCGACAAAUCCCCUCCUUUUCUUGGCGAGGGGAGUAAGGAUGGAUCACAAGAGGCUGCAAACCAGAGACAAUCUAACUGA